UUUGUAGUUACGUAAUGAGGAUAAUUUGUACAGUUAGAAUAUAAUGCAAACAUGUCAAUAAAACAAUCUUUCCCGAAUGAAAACAUUUACAAUUUUACACUUUUUCACCAGUAUAGAAAAGAUGAAAUUCAUUUUGAUUAUCUACACAUAGACAUAUAUCGAUGUAUCGAAAAAAAUAAUCUCAUUUACUAAAUUUAAUACAAUAAUAUCAUUUAAUGUGUUAAAAAUUACUUAAAAUUAUAUUUUUUCGAUGAAUGUUGUCUCAAAAUAGUGGAUCGUAGUGAACUCAUUAUUAAUCACAAAUGAUUCCUCUAUCUCAGACGAAAUGGAUCUAAAACAUUUGAUAUAUCAAUUUAUAGUACUUUACGCAAACUUUUUACACCCUUUGGAAUCUCAAUACACGGAUAAAUGGACAGAAAAAAGUCUUAUCAAAGAUUUAUUGCGGGAUUAUGAAAAACGUGCAAGACCUGUAGUCGAUGGGAUGUCAACAGAAAUAACUGUUGGCAAUACAACUGUACAACAAAUCACUGUGGCAUUUGGUCUCGGUUUGAUUCAAAUUCUUCAGCUUAAUGAAAAUGAACAAAUUCUCACUGUCAGUGUUAGAUCUCUUUACCGAUGGACUGAUUAUCAUUUGGUAUGGAAUCCAGAGGAAUAUGAGAAUAUCACUCAUAUUAACAUUCCAACUGAUAAAAUAUGGCUUCCAGACAUUGCACUGUAUAAUUACGCUGAUGAACGCUUAGAAGAACGACGAGAAUGUGCUGUUAGAGUUGAUCACAAUGGUGUAGUGGAGUGGCAUCCAAUGGCAAUUUAUAAAAGCACAUGUCCUGUGAAGAUCAAAUAUUUUCCAUACGAUAAGCAAGUCUGUUACCUUCGCUUUGGUCCAUGGACUUUUGAUAGUGCUCGAGUCAAUAUAACAUUUUACGAUGAAGGUUUCAGUAUGAAGGAUUAUGUUGAAAGUCCUGAAUGGUCAGUUUUGAAUUACUGGCAAAAACACAGAACUCACGCCUAUCCAUGCUGUCCAGAACAAUAUUCUGACACAUUAUUUUUCAUCAAAAUUGAACGACAAGCAGCUUAUUACAACUAUAUAUUGAUUUUACCGUGUUUCUUACUUUCCUCACUAACCCUAGUUCUAUUUUGGCUUCCACCUGAGACACCGGCAAAAAUGGUUCUCGGUAUGAAUAUCUUCCUCGCAUUCUUUCUUCUACUGCUACUGCUGGAGAAUUCCAUUCCAUCGGCUUCAAGUUCGUUUCCACUAAUAGGGAAUUAUUACUGUAUCAACAUGACUUUGGUAACAUUAUCUACAUUUUUGUGCCUUAUUGUGGUCAAUUUACAUUUUCGUGGUGAUCGACGAACUGAAGUUCCAUUCUGGUUAAAAAAGUUAGCAUUACAUCAUGGAUCCAGAAUUCUUUUAGUUAAUGUUGGUCCACCUGGAGGUCCACCACCUCCAACCUCAGCAUCUUCUAAAAAAUCAACUGAAAAGCCAAUGACAAAUAUGAACUCUGCGCACAAUUUCAUGCUAACACCAGACAACUUAUUACGUGAUAAUUCAUUCAAUCAGAAAAUGUUCCCACUUACAAGAAAUGAUUAUCAUGAAAAAUUUAAGGAUAAUGCAAAAGUAAAUCGUUUUGGGAAACCAUAUGUGAAUAAUUUCUAUUCACCAGAACGUUGCUUUCCUAAUUCUCGCCAAAUGCAUAUGAGAUCACAAUUUUCAACAGGAUCACCAAAUCAUAAACUGCCUGGUUGCUACUACCCCGAUCAUGAAACUGAAAUGAAACAUUAUGGUAGAAGACAAACACAAGAAACUGAGCAGACUACACCAUGUUCAUUUUGUCCAGCUUGUGCUGGACUUGCAGCAGCGGCAGCUGCCGCAGCAUCUGCUCGUGCAUCAAAUGAUAUUGACCCAGGUUAUCAUGCUGAACAACAAUAUUCCACGCAAGUAACACCUAAGAACUAUUUCAAUCAAGAUCCAAAUGAUGAAUUAGCAGCUGUUUGGGCAGCUGCUAAUAAUGAUCCAAAUAUUUGUAAUAAACGUUUAUCACCUCGUGGUUUAAUUGAAAAUAGUAAACAAAGUGAAGAUGAGGAAGAAGUGACAGAUGAUGAAGACGAUGAACCAUACCCAACGCGUAACAAAAAUAUUGCGCCUGAUUUAGAACAUUUUCUAUUACAAUGUAUUAAACCUAGAAUGUCUAAAAACACUAUAUCACCUGCUAAUGCUAAAUGGAAUAGCUCUUUACAAAAUACUCAACCCACAUUACCAUCAUAUCCUUUCACUUCACCUCUAUGUCAAGAUGAUUCUGAAGACGAUGAACAGGACAAAAUGAAUAUACCAAGAUGGAGUUCAGCUGGACAUAGUAUCGGUAGUCGUAACCAACGUGGUUUAAAUCAUGAUUCCGAUAAGGAAAUUCAUCAUGAUCCGGAUAAUAACAAUUUAUGGCGUGCUAAUUCAAGUAGUUUUAUCAAUCGUCGAUCUAAAAAACCAACUAAUACCACUGAUCAACGUCUUUUAAAACGUGUACACAUGGUCACACGUGAUGUUUCGGAAAUUGUCAAAGGUAUACGCUUCAUGCAAAAACAAAAUGAGAAAAAGGAGAAAAAUAACAAAAUUAUUUCCGAAUGGAGAGCAGUUGGUAUGGUGUUAGAUCGUCUGUUCUUUAUUAUCUACCUCUGUGCUUUGGGAAUUUCUAUAAUACUUUAUUUUCCAAGAUCUGGAGAAGAUUCAGAAGAAACUAUUUAAAAAGAGUAAAAAGGAUGAAAAGAAAAAUAAUUUCGGAAAUUUUAUAUUAUUCUCAUUUUCGGUUUCUUCAAUCUACCAUUUGCGUUUUUAUCUUAUUUAGCAAAUGCAAGAAUUGUUUUCCAUUACAAAGAAAUCUGUGUGCGAAAUCUGUACAUAGGUUUAUUCUGCUGUUUAAAAAUGUUUAUAUUUGCUUAUCGUCUACCAGUUUAGUUACUUUUUUGAUUAUUAGUAGUAUGACAAUUAUAUUUUAAAACAUUUUAAGUUUAUUACGCGGAAGAAUAUUACACAUUAAACUGGUAAAGCUUGUUAAAUCAAUGUCUAAUCAGUAAAAAACUAGAUGGAUAUUGAUGAAGGACUUCAAAUUUUCGGAUGCACUCAACUGUAAAAAUGUCUCAUGAUCUUCCUGUCAAUACAGUUCUAUAAAAGCACCCUCAGGCAUUCUAAACAAGCAUACAUUGCAAUUGUUCAAAUAUUGCAAAGUAAAAUGCUUUGCCAAAUCAUAACAAAAAUAAAAUUCUGUUUAUCAGAUCAUUUCUAUAAUUAUUACUGUCAGAUCACAAUUUCCAACAAAAUCUCACUUAUCGUAAAUUAUCUGGUUUUUUAUAAAACGGAUGAGAAAUUUUUGAAUAUUUCAUACACCUUAAUUAGGUAAACAAACAGUAGUUAUAUAUUUCAUUAAAUUAGCUAUUACAAUUGCUGAUCGAAAUUAACUCAGAAUGGUUAAACUGAGAGGGAGUUGACGAAAGCCGAUUAAAUUCGCAUUUCAUAUUACAUCACUACAAGAUCGUGUAAAAUAUUACAUUUAGGAUGAAAAUACCUUCCAAUAUGUUUUUGUUCCAAUUUAAUCUUCCUGUUUUCCCAUUAAUUGAUAUCUCUGAGAUUAUAUUUUACCGUAUUGCAAUUCUUCUAACGCUUAGAAUAAUUUUUUCAAUUAUGUUUGUUGGGAAGGUUAACAAGGAAAAAUAAAUGUAUCUAGGUAAAACUUAUCUGAUCUGUGUGUGCAAUUAUAUUCAGUGUGCAUUUUAUUCAUAGAUAUCUUCUAAUAUGAUUAUUUAUGUUGACAUUCAGUGUACAAGUCUUUCUUCAUACGAAUAUUCAUAAAGCAAGAUUUGUUUUCUCUACAGUAGUUUCAUUUAUUAAUAUUAUUUCGGUAUAACUUCACAAUUUAUCAAAACAUUUACUGAUUUGAAAAAAUCUCAGACGUCAAGUCUUUUGGCUCCAUCAAGUUUCGGAGAAUAUGAACAAAUAUUUACUUACUUUACACCUCAUCACAAAGGCAAUGCAAUUCACAUGAAACCCUACUGCUUUCUAUUGCAUUUGUUACUUACUACUAAAUUCCAGAAGUCAGUAGUAUCCUAGUAUACAACUAAAAACUUUGUUCUUGAUAAAGUUUCCCCUAAAUUCCUCCUUGUAUUUAUUAUCAAGAUACUAAUAAGUUAACCCAAUAUUGUACGUUAAAUAUAUGAAUUUUAUAUCCACUUUGAGUAAGGAGAU